UAUCGCCCUUUGACCUCUCUAUAACAACUGCAUGUACGUAAAGCUAGCUGUGCAUAAACUCACACCCUAUUUUACAAGUGAAUAUAACAGCUUAGAGACCCAGCUAUGGACGGAGAGGACUACCGAGCAGGCUCUGCAGACUCUGAGAACGGCUCGGACAACAGCUACGUUGAUGUGAGCCGUGACGACGUCCCUGAGAGUGACCCACUCUCUGUGGAUGAGGUUGAACUGGUGGAGGACGUCGUUGGGCCGUCUGGGGACGACAGUGAGGAUAUAUACGGGGACAAUGGAGAGCAAGAUGAGACAUUGAGCAAAGAAGAGUCUGUUCCCCUGGACACGCCACCCCCUGAGGCAUUUGUGGGUGGAGAGUACAUGGACAGCACAGAGGAGCCUGAGCCGACCAAACCAGCUGUCGUUGAGACCCCCAGCAGAGUGGAGGAUAUCACCAAACCACCCCCCACAUUUAUCUCAUCAACGACAUCCCCAACAUCCCCAACAACCUACAAAAGUUCAAAAGCCGAUGUACCCGUUGCCAAGGGUUACCUGAGCUUCCUCAAUGUACUGCAUCCAGUUGUGCUCUACAUGAUCUACUGGCGUGAUGUGAAGCUGUCAGCCGUGGUGUUGUGUGUGGAACUGGUGCUCCUGUUCACCCUCACACUUAACACACUCAUACACACUCUCGUCCUCUUCCUCUUGUCGUUUUUGGUUGUCUCCCUGACGUAUAUUGUCUCUAAGGUGGUCAUCGAUUCAUUCUACAACAGAGAGGUCAAGAACCCGUUCAGUGACUACCUCAACAAGAAGAUAGCUCUGCCUGAGGACAAGAUUAUUGAGUGGACCCAGUACCUCAUUGGUGUGCUUAACCAACGCUUCAACCGUCUGGUUAGACUUCUUCUCUUCGACAACAUCAAACAAUCUCUCAAGUUUGGAUUGACCAUAUGGCUGCUGUCCUUUGUCACCAACUACUUAUCUGUCCUCUGUCUUCUCUUUAGUGCUGUGGUCUUGGGCUUCUCUGUGCCACCUCUAUAUGAGAGGUUCCAGACAAAGAUUGAUGCGCAUGUGGCCAGUGAUAUCAAAUGGUUCAAGGGCAUCUUCUGCAUGAUUAAGAGCCGGAUCCCAUAUAUUGGGAAGAGCAAGUCAGACUAGAGAGAGACACGUACGUACCAGUGCAUGGGCAGAGCAAUAUGUGAACUUACUAUAAACUGACUCUUAGCUAGUAGCUUCUAAUUAAUCACUGUGUAGCCGACUAUCAUUGUGUGCAUAAUUAUGUACAUUGUAUAAUGUGUUAUAAUUAUUUACUCCCAUUAUCUUGUUAAAAAUAAAUUUAAUUUGUUGAA